GAGAAAAUGUCCCUCCUUCUUCUUGUGAAAGGAGAGUUUGCUGGGUAAAGGGAAGGGGGGAGGGUAACUACACAUCCAGACAGAGCCAUGUCUGACAUCCUCGCUCCCUAAAAUAAAGAAGGACUGAUGCACAAAGCCAGUGCGACAGAGCAGAAUAGAAAGCGAGGGAGGGUCGAGGGAACAAAUGCAAAAGAGCAGCAGAAAAACGGUGAAUGUGAUGCACAAGAGCUGCAUCACUUCUUGUCUACAAGGAACAAAAAACAUUGUGUUCGUGGAUGGGAGCUGCUGAACUCAGUGAGAGAGACUCAUCUCUCUCUCUCCCAUCACAGGCUGGGAUUGAGCUCAAGGAUGGUUUAGGGGAGGUUUUUGGAGCUUCCUGGUUUAGGGAAAUGCUGCCGGAGAGGAUUUGAACCUUCUGGUGUUUGUGAUUGAGCUGCUCCCCUCCCUGCUACCUCUGGGUGGGUUUGUGUUAUGGUCCAUACUGAGAAGCACAGCAUCACCCAGAUGCUGGGCGAGGACGACAUGGCAGGUUAAAAAGAGGAACCGCCAACAUGGGAGCCAAACAGAUGAAAUGCCUGAGCUCAGCCAGCCCGGCUCACUCCCCCAAAGAAGAGUACGUUAUCACCCAGACCACUGAGGCCCCCAAAGAAGAUCCCGUCAACCAUCAGUCUGAGGAGCAGGGGGGCGCUCGGGAAGACAAAUCUGAGCUGACAGAGAAGAAAUCUGUCACAGAAGAGGUGUCACUCUGUGGGUUGUGCCCCUCCCUCGGCCACGAUGACCAGGAGGGGGAAAAGUCCUGGGAGGAGCAGCUGGAUGCUCAGCAGGAACAGCUGGAGAAGGAAAUGCAGGAGGCCCGGAGGAUGGUGUUCCGCCUACAGGCUUUGCUGCUGCAUGGUUCCCUCCCUGAGGAGGACCAGGAUGGAGCCGGCAGCUUCGGAGAUAACCGGGCGAGCGCUGAACAGCAGCUGGUUCUAAUCCGCAGUCGCCUGGACCAAAGCGUGGAGGAAGCCCUUGAUCUUAAGAGAGAACUCCUGAGACACAAACAGGAGGCGCGCCACAUUCAGGCCAUCAAGGAUGCUCUGCAGCAGCGCUUGACGGUGCAGGAGGACACUGUGUUGCAGCUGAAGCAGGAGCUGCUGAGGUCCAAAAUGGCCAGAGAUCAUCUGGAAGGAGAAAAUGGCACGCUAAAACAGAUGCUGAGUGAACGAGACAAGCUAAUCAAUGAAUAUGAGCAUCAGCCUGGGAGAAAGGACAGAGUCCUGCAGCAAAAGCUUGGUGAAGCUCACCAUAAAACACAUAUCAGCCACAGACGGUCAUUUCGGUGUGAAAGCAGUGGUUACAGUAACUCAGUGGGUCCAACAUCUCCUCCAGUGUUCCAACACACUGCACCAGGAGAAGAGCUGCAGGUCGUAAGGGAAGCCCUGCGUAGUUUGAGGGACAGUUUUUCCGGCCAUGAUCCCCAACAUCACACCCUGGACACACUGGAGCAGGGCGUGGCCAGCCUCAUGGACCGCUUGCACUCUUUGGACACACAGCGCAGAAUGGACAGAGGCGAGGAUUUUAAAUCACCUGGGCGCAGAGCCAAUUCCACAGACCGUGACUCCUGGCCAACAAGCUCAAAAAUGGCGCAUUCUCACAGCAGCCCAGGUUUGGACACUUCUGUCUCAACUAAAGUUCUCUACUUCACUGAUCGCUCACUUACUCCAUUCUUGAUUAACAUCCCAAAAAGGCUUGGCGAAGUGACACUUCGAGACUUCAAGGUCGCUGUGGAUAGACAAGGCAGCUUCAGAUACCACUUCAAGGCCCUCGACCCAGAGUUUGGAACAGUCAAAGAGGAGGUGUUCCACGAUGGAGCAGUUGUGCCCGGAUGGGAAGGGAAGAUUGUAGCGUGGGUGGAAGAGGACCACGGAGAGAGGAGGUAGAACUGAAGACUAGUGAUCCUCACAGCAAACCUGGUUCCACUGUAAAAAAAAAAAAACUUAAAGGGGUCAUAUUACACACUUCUCAGCAAGCUAACAAAGGUCAGCCGUGAAUACUGAAAGAGAGCGAGAGACAGAGAAGGAAGAAGUGUUUGCUUCAGCUUGUCAGAGCCACCUUUCUGUGGGGUUGUCUUGACAUGUGACUGUUAUUCGAAUUUUAGAAAGUAACUGCUGUUAAUCAGAAAGUAAGGUUUUACUUCUCUGAUUUUGUACAGUUUUGCACAAACACUGUCUUUUUCUCACUAACCCCAUUUACUGCAUACCCCCCGUCAUUUUCUUUCAUGGAUAAAUUCAGGCAAAAUCCUUUCAGCAGAGUUAUGAGGGUUGUGGUUAAAUAAGAGGUCAUGAGACACAGAAUGUGCAGUCAGACUGUUCCUUCAGUUUAUGUGCCCAA